AUGUGGUUCACCACCAUAGAGGCACAGUUCAGCAUCCGCAAAAUCUCCGAGGAUCAAACGAAAUUCGAGUCCGCGCUCACAGCUCUGGAUUCCGACACCCAGGAAAGAGUUGCAGACUUUUUUGAUGAUCUCCCCGCCCCGGGAAGCCAGUAUGCACAGUUCAAAGCAAGGGUACUAGACUCAUUCAAGGUGGAUCAACAUCAGCGUUUGGCGAACCUCGUUGCUCUGACCAUCGGUGAUGACACGCCGACAAGACUCUUGGACGGAAUGCUCGCUCUGUAUCAACCUGACAUCAACGCAGAAAGAAAUCCUUUGUUCCGCUUCCAUUUCCUUCAAAAACUUCCCUCUAAUGUUCGAGAGCAACUGAUGGCGCAGGACCACUUGGAACUUAGAGAUUUGGCCAAGCUCGCCGAUAAGAUAGUCGCCCAACGGCACCUCCCAACUGCUUGCACAGUGCAAGAGGAAGACGAAAUAGAUGCUGUCCGACGGAUGAUUCCACCAAAAAAAUUCCACCGAGGGCCAUUUGCUCAAAAGGAUCUUCGAGCAUGCAGGUUCCACGUGAGAUUCGGCGACAAGGCCAGAAAUUGCCUUAAGCCUCGCGAGUUGAUCACAUCGGAACCGGAAAAACGAGUCUUCGGGAUGCCGAACGAAGAAAUCAAGAUGCUCUCGGCCAACGCGAGUGCGCCGUCAUCAUUCGAGAAGUUGAGCGGAGCGGACAACUACAUGAAUUGGCGUUUCGCGAUGGAGGCGCAUCUGUUCAACACGGAGCUCUGGGAAUACGUCGACCGUUCAAAAAUCGAUGCUCGUCAAGAAAAAGAGCGCGUGCCGCGUGGACUCUACCGUGAGGUGGCGCUUUUGGAGGAGCUCACCAGCAUUCGAUACUCUGACUGCCCGAGCAUGGAAGAAAACUUGAACAGGAAGGUGACGGCUGCGCAACGUCUCCGAGCCAUUGACAGCAAUUUGAAGGACCGUCUCCUAGCCGGCUUGAUUCUUAUGAAACUACCUGAGGAGUUCACCCCCUUAAUUCAGAGCAUCUCUGGCUGCGACCAAGAUAUCUCCACAGAGUUCGUGAAGGAACGUCUUCUCGCCGAGGCAGCUCGUCAGAACCUCCAGAAGCAGGAAAACGCGCUGUCAAGCAAUCAGUUCCGCACAAGCCAUCGGCAUCCGCCCCAGAGAGACAGUCGACCUAAUGUGAGAACACCGCGGAAGAAGUUCCGCGGCAGGUGCAAUCGGUGUGGAAGAAUUGGUCAUAUGGCGAAACAUUGCGAUAACUCAGGAGCCCAAGGACGGAUAGCUGAAGUUCUCCAACCGGACGAGCGUGUCGAGCGUGUACUGAAGUGCUCCCCCGCUAGCCCUACGGAAUGGAUCGUAGAUUCCGGUGCCACUUCACACAUGACGGGUCAAAGAACACUCUUCCUGUCACUGUCGGAGGAAGUUCUCGACCGAUCCGUCGCCACCGCGAAUGACGAGAUGCUUAGAUGCGAGGGGAUCGGAGAUGUCCAGAUCACAUGCGUCUUCGAUGACGGAGAAUGCCCAGUCAGACUCCGAGACGCACUGUACGUACCCGGACUCACGGUCAACCUGAUCUCAGUGAAACAGUUGACAGCCAAGGGUUUCAGCGUGACUUUCGACAAAUCCGGACGAUGCGAGAUGAGAAACUUCUCCGGACAUCGGAAUUCCUACGAAAGAACGGAACUCGACACGAGACAACCGUCGCCUUCACACCGGAGCAGAACGGGAAGGCCGAGGUGGUCAACCGGAUCCUCGUCGAGGAAGCCAGAUCACUGCUUGCAGACGCCCAUUUGGAGCAGAAGUAUUGGGCUGAGGCACUCAACACGGCCUGCAAACUCAAAAAUGUUAGCCCCGUGA